AGAGGCGAAACUGUGCUGCAAACAAUGUCAUGAAAAACUUAUUAAGUGGUCUUAAAAACAAUUUUUAGUACAUAGUUGUAGAAAAAUUGAUGUUGAAAUAAGGACAACAUUACAAACACCCGAGCAUUUUCUUCCAAAGCUGUUCAAUCGUUUUUUGACUUUGUUAGGGCUCCUCUCUUUAUUUUGCUCAAUCUUUAUUGCAUUUAUUUAACAAGCUAGGAGCCAUGGUAAGCAUUUUGGUUUGUAACCGAGGUGAACAUUAGUAAGAACACCGAGCCUUGACGAAACAUUAUCCGUUUCCAAUGGAAAAAAGUGUAUGGCAUUAUACAAGUAAUUUGCAUAAUUUUGCUCAAUCUUUCGAUAAUGAAUGAAAUAGUUUUAAUGUAUAGAAAUAUUUUGCUUUGCAGAUUUAAUUAAAAAUUGACCUGGGGAAAAUCUACUAAGACUCCAGACGCUGCCCCUCAGCAGGCGCGAUCUGAUAUUUCCCCGGCCUUCUGAUAUAAGCACAUAGAACUAGAACAUAAUUUUUCAAGUAAGUAAAGAAGAUUAAAAAUCACUGCAGACAAUUGCUACAAUCGCGGAGAAAAUGGUUUUCAUAAGGGACAAAAUUUUAGUUACAACAUGAACCAGCUGUUUGUCAAAUUGUUUGUCAAGUGUUAGAAAACGUUUUAAAAUCGAUUGAUAAUCUAACAUUAGCUGGACGUCCAGGAGUAUUUCCUUCAGUAUUGUUGGUCCAAAAACUAUUCUGCCACAACUUAAGCCGGGCUCGUUGCUUUGCUUGUCACCAUGCUAUAUAAAGUCAUUCGCCCCCCCCCCCCUGUCUCUCUCUCCCUUCAAGAAAAUAAACAAGUUUUCGGCUCCCCCAGUGUCUGCUGAAGCCUACCUUCGGUGUAAGUUAAAAUGUUUUUGAUCCCAUCUUUAUAUCUAUACAAGGUGUUAAGAUGGAGUUCUCCUGUGUUUUGACAAUGAUUUGCUGUUUGCAAAGGAAUUGAUGAUGCAGGAUUGGAUAUUUUGACCUUAGAUAGGAUUACAAAGUUACGCCUUUCUUUGCUUAUCAGGUCAGUCGAGAGGUGUUGAAGGCCUUUUUGCAAAACCGAAAAAGAAGCGCCGCUCCGAGCAAAAAAAGAAAAAAAUUUUGCGACCAUACACUUAAAACUUAGCUGAUAAUGCAUUUUAAAAUUCCUCGUGCACUCAUUUUCUUCUACUGGUUCAAAGCGUUUUACUAUUUCCUGGCACACUUUUGCUAUGUUUGAUUAAUUGAAAUUCAUUAUUUUAGUGCCACGGACCUCGAUUCCUUGGGCAAUUUGCGCCCUACCCCUCUCUCGGCGGUCCCUUUGCUCACCAAAUCACUCGUAAUUCAACUGUUCUCCGCCGUCGAUCAAUUUGGUUUUUAGUGUUUUAUCGUGCCGACAUGCAGUUAAAUUGAUGCCAACAAUGAAACUUUAAUCAGUACCAAAAGCUUCAGUUAUAUAUUUGUUGAUAUUAUAUCAUCCAAUUUGGUAAAUAAGCAAAAAAGUCAUGUUUUGAUACACAUACAUUGUCGGGUGAAAUUUACCUGCAUUUCGAUGAAUUAUAAACGAUUUCAUUAAUUAGCCCUUUCCAAAGCAUUCUCCUUCCGAAACUGCAUUAUUUAUAAAGGAAUUCUUGAAAGCAAUUGAAGGACACAGAUUUGAAUAGUGUUUUGUUACGGCAUUUCACCCGAUAAUGAUUGAGAUUAAUUCAUAUGGGAAACAUGACGACGCAAUCCUACGCGACUGAUUGUUUACCAAAAGAUUCAAAUGAAUAAGUCACAUUACCAUGCGUCGCAAGACCUGGAGUCCUUACUAGAGUUCUUUCGUGUAGGAGCAUCUCUUGGAAUCCUACCAUGCAUUUGGUGUCAAUAUCCUGGGUGGUUGCUGAAUUGAUAAUGUUACAAUGGAUUGCUGGAAUUUCAAGCUUUAGUACAAUCGAAACAAAGCUUGUGGAAGACCUCCUUGCUAAUGUCACGGCAGUUGGGAGGCCAGUACUUUCAAACAACGAACCAGUUCAUGUAACAUUUGAUCUCAAACUUCACAAAAUAGAAAAGUUGCUUACAAGGGAACAACAUCUCAUCACGCAUACGUUUGUUGUAAUGAGGUGGGCAGAUCCUCGGAUGCGUUGGGAUCCUAGCAAAUAUAAUGGUACCAAAUUGGUCAAUUUAGGCAGUUCUUUUGUUUGGACUCCUGACAUUGUCCUUUACAAUACUGCAGAUCUGAACAAUAAUGCACCAGCAGAUUUCUACAAAUCGCCGCUUCAUGUCUACAGCAAUGGAACGAUUACCUGGUUUUCAACUGUCGUUUGGCAAAGCUCCUGUGCAGUAGACAUUACAUGGUUCCCUGUCGAUAGCCAGACAUGUUCUCUUGUAUUUGGCUCUCUGUCAUAUUCCAAGCAUCGAAUGACAUUGUCCUUCCACAAGCUGCCUGAAAGCUUUGCUAAUCUCCGGAGUAAACAUCACGUGACCAACGGCGAAUGGGAUGUACUCUCGUUAACUGCGAAGACCAACGAGCACCAUUAUGACUGCUGCGAUGCACCUGUGUCCCAAGUUGUGUAUACUUUCAUAUUAAAGAGAAGACCACUAUACUUCUUUCUAUAUCUCAUAUUCCCUAUCAUUGCUGUCGUCCUGUUGUCUAUGUUGAUUUUCAAAAUACCAGCUGACGCAGGGGAAAGAAUUGGAUUUGCAGUGACAAUCCUUCUUACUAUGGGUGUCUAUCUUAUGGUGAUUGCACAGGACCUCCCCCGGAAAGGAGAUAGCGCACCUUUAGUGGGCAUUUUGUAUGUUACAUUGUUUUACAUUAUGGUGCUUGGCUGCGUCACGGGUAUUAUGACCGCCCGUAUGGCAUUCAAAGUCACCAGUCCUCCGGAAUGGCUACGCAGACUCGUAAUUAAGUUGACGAAAAAGAGCUCAAAGAAAAUUGGAGCACUGAAAGCGUCCUUUAACGAUCACCCUAUUCAAGAUAUGCAUUCUGUUAACGAAGAAUUGACAGAUUUCACGGAAUCCGAACAUGAUAAUGAUAUGAACAAGAACAGGAGUCAACAAUUAAGAAAAGAGAAGAGUGACCAGAUAUCAAUGACAAUUUUAAGGCAAAGGAGAAGCUUACACCUCGGAGUAGCUGCGCUUGCGCAAGAUUUCACCCAGGUCGAGGCUGACAAUCAGAAGCAAUGGCAAGAAAUCGCGUUUUUUCUGGAUCGAAUGUUUUUCUGGGGAUACCUUGGCACUAUUGUAAUAGCCUCGUGUUCUGUUCUGCUUGGACUCGAAGUGAAGUACGUUCAAUCAGCAUAAACAUUUUACACCCAAACUUUUGUCUCUUAGAUGCGAACACGAAACGGUCUUAUCUUUUAAUUCUACCGAUGUCAAUAGCCUCUGAACUCAGAAGUGGCGAAUUGGCUAUUAUUGGACGUGCUUUUUAGUAGCUAAAAUAAGUUCUUCUUGGUGAUAAGUAUAUGGUAUUAAAUCUGACGGGCUCCACAAGUUUAUCUUCUUAUAGGAAGGAAAGCAAAUUUACUGUUUGAAAUAUCGACUUGUUGAGCUGGGGGAUCUUCUUCUGGUUAUUUGUCAAAGAUGGCACGAGUUUGUUUAAUAACACUGUUCUACAGGGCCGUUGCUACUCGCUAGCUAUUGUGCAAGGGGGUGUACAGGUUCCGUUUACCGACAAAAAUUGCGCGAUAUCUUUUUUGGCGGCGAGUUUGAAAUUUUCCAGUGGAAUACCCUACAUGACAAAAAAUCAUCUC